UCAAGACAAGCCUGUCCUGGAGAAAGCAACGUCAACUUCACAACCAUAUCAUACCAUCUCAAUCAACCCUCACCAUGUCCCAGAUUCUCACAGUGUUCGGUGCCACCGGCAAUCAGGGAGGCUCGGUAAUUAAGGCCGUCCUUGCCGACCCGGUCCUCUCCAAGCAGUUCAAGAUCCGCGGUGUCACUCGGGAUGCCUCCAAGCCAGCUGCUAAGCAACUAGCUAACCAGGGUGUCGAGCUCGUCGUGGCCGACAUGUCCUCGGUGGAAUCCGCCCUUCCCGCCGUUCAAGGCGCCGACACCGUCUUCUUCGUCACCAACUUCUGGGAGACCAUGAGCCACGACACUGAAGUCGCUCAGGGCAAGGCAGUGACCGAUGCCAGCAAACAAGCCGGCGUCAAGCACCUGAUCUUCUCUUCCCUGCGCAACGUCACCGAGAUCAGCAACGGCCGCCUGCCCAACGUGUCGCACUUUGACGGCAAGGCCGAGAUCGAGCAGUACAUCCGUGCCAGCGGAGUUCCUGCAACCUUUGUUCUGGCUGGCCUGUUCAUGUCCAACUUCUUCCAGAUGCUGAACAAGCAGGGUGACACUUAUACACUUGCCUGGCCUGUCGACCUGGAUAAGGCCCAGGUGCCUCUCUUUGAUGUUGCUAGCGAUACCGGUAAAUUCGUCAAAGCCGCCCUCAAGAAUCACCCCGCUACGCUCGGCCAGCGGAUCCUCGCGGCUACCGAUUACUACUCACCUCGUCGGAUCGUGGAGGAGUUCCAGCAAGCCACCGGCUACCAGGCGCAGGCUGUUACCAUCCCUGCCGACGUCUUCAAGUCGUUCCUACCACCCCCUGUUGCCCAGGAGAUGCUGGAGAACAUUCUCUUGCUGGAGGACCCAGGUUACUAUGCUGGAGAGUCUCUGACACCGUCUCAUGAACUCUUGGAUAAGGAGGAUAAGCCCACGCAGUGGAAGGAGUUUGUUUCACGCAACCAGGAGAAGUGGUAGUUUAUUAUACCGAGCCCAAUAAUAGGAAAGAAACAUUCGACUUGCUUCACUACUACUUUUGGGUAAUAUGCCGAGAGAGCGGAAUACCCCACUCCGUGUACCUUAGAGCCGAGGGCAUCCUAUCUCAACCAUCGACAUGAUUGGGGCAGGGAAGUGGGCGACGGGCUUAGCAGAAGGCCGAAAGCCGGUUCAGCCAAGGAGCUAAAUUCCCCGCAUUAGAAAGAUACCUCUGAUUCUAGACCAUCCCCAUGGCACCAACUUACGAUAGAAUAAAGGCGACCAAGAGAAACAUUGUUAUUUGUUAUCCAGAUCUUCAAAAUUGUCAACUUGGUUUACUUUUAUUCAUAUCCAUAACUCCCAUA